AUGCAUUGUGCCGCUUUGCUGCUGGUUCAGCCAUUGCUCUUCACAUACCAUACACUAGCGGAUGACGUUGGCUUCGACUAUGACCCGACAGACUUGGAUGCGUGGGAACAUGAUUACGGCCACUAUCCUUAUCGAACAUUCGAGUCUUCCGAUUUGACACCUCCGGCCGUGGCACGCAAGGUCGAUUCACCAGCCUGUCACGAUGGGUUGCUGACAUUCCUUACACCUCGAGGAACCGCCGUCAACGAGAGCCGUGGUAUGUUAAUACUCGACGACGAAGGAGAACUGGUCUGGAUGCAAAAGACGGAAGGACAACCCUACAACCUUGAUGUACAGACGUACCAGGGCACUCCUCAUUUGACCUACUGGCUAGGCGAUGACACUGUGGGAGGUCACGGCGAAGGCGACUACUACAUGCUCAAUUCCUCUUACGAUGUAGUUGCAACGAUCUCUGCCUUGGAUGAAUUACAUGCCGAUCUACACACUCUGAGCAUCACACCGAACGACACCGCCAUUAUCAGUAUCUACCAACCAUAUGAGAAAGAAAAAGGGGGACAUUUACAAUAUAUCUGGGAUUGCCUGUUUCAGGAGAUCGAUAUAGUGACCAACAGCCUCAUCUUUCAGUGGCGUGCUUCGGAUCAUCAUGAUACCUCGGAAUCAUACCAUGAUCCACGACACAAGGAGGAGGGAACAAGCAACCAAACGCAUUGGGACUGGUACCACCUCAACUCUGUCGAGAAAGACGACUUGGGCAACUAUCUCAUUUCGGCUCGGUACACGCAUUCUAUCAGCUAUGUUGACGGUCAAACUGGCGACCUAAUCUGGACACUCGGCGGCAAGCGCAACAUGUUUACAUCUGAUGACCACGCCUUCGGUUUCUCAUCUCAGCAUUUUGCGCAGUUUCAUUCGAUCGAGGAGUUUCCAAGUCUGGCCGCAUCCUUUGGUGCCAGUCGACCAGGCAUAACCACACGCUUGAUCAGCCUGUUUGACAACAGAAAUGACGAUACUUGGGAUUCUGGGUUGGCUUCUAGAGGACUGCUUCUCGCCGUCUCCUACCCUACCCAUCCUGAUCCUGAUGGCGAAUUCAGCAAGAAUGACUACAGAGCUCGCAUCGUCCACGAAUAUCUCCAUCCCAAUGACUUGAUUGCCGACAGUCAGGGAAGCUUGCAAGUAAUUGCUGCUGCAGACGCCAGCCAAGAUCCGAGCAUCUUGGUGGGAUGGGGUGCACGAUCAGUAUGGUCGUCGUACUCUGCCUCAGGCAAACUCUUAUGCGAUACUCGUUUCGGUACAGAAGCUGCCAUCUUGAACGGUUCUGCACAAAGUUACCACGUAUUGAAGUAUCCUUGGAUAGGCAUUUCGAGCGAGCCUAUCUCGACUGUCUACAACUUUGAUCGCGAUAGCCUGUUCGUCUCUUGGAACGGGGCUACUGAAGUCGUUUCAUAUGCGUUACAGCAUAACGAUGGCAGUGGCAACGAUCUCGCCGAUUGGGUCUAUAUUAGUAUCACUCAGAAGGCGGGCUUCGAAACAGAGGUUGUUAUUGGUGAAUGCACAACCAGAUAUGUGCGUAUCAUUGCGCUCGAUGCCGCAGACAAUGUGCUGGGUGUAUCAGAAGCGAUUGAGCUACCGUUCACGUCGGUAAGCAGUUUCUCCCUGAUCGUCCCAAGUUCUUGCACUGACAAAUUCGUGCAGGGCUUCCACUGCGAUGAGAUCAACAACCUGUACAUAACCUCUGAUGGUAACACUCUCUCUACAGCAUCUGUGGCUCUAAUCAUGGCCGCCAUGUCUCUGACCAUGUUCUCGAUCCUUGUCUUUGAGAGUUGGCGUGUGUAUCAAGCAUGGCAGAAGAAAAGAGAGCAUGCAUAUUACCUUCUGGAGCUUGAUCCAUACAAUUGA